AUGGAGGCCGUCUCAUCUGUCAGAUCCGGCUUCUUGGGGGUUCUGCUGGCGGUGGUGAGGCUGUCAGUGCUGCUGGUCCAGAACUGGGCCCACCUCUACAAUUUCCUGCUCCUCAAGAUCAUCCUCUUCAACCACUGGCUGUCGGGGCUGGCCCAGCAGGCCCCCCCCCCAGGGCUGGUGGCCUGCCCCCUGGGCCGGGUGCUGCAGGCUGGGUUGGCGCUGUGGGUGCCCAGGCUGCUGUGGGCGGGCACGCUGGGCUGUGCCCAGGCCUUGUACCAGGCCCCACAGUGGCUAGGUGCCUGGGAGUGUCUGGGCCUGUCUCCGGCCACCUGGACGGACCUGCUUCUGUCAUGUCUGCACAGCCUGAUACUGCUGGUCUUGCCGUUGCUGCUGAUGAUCUGGAGGCUGUGCUGGAAGGCCCACCACUGUGGCUUGGGCUGGCUGCCCAGCAAGGCCCUGCUGGAGAACCGUGUGGUGCUGGAGCCGCUGGCACAGCUGGAGCGUCUGUACUGGAGGGUGGAGAGCAUGACAGUGCUCACCUCCUGGCACCUGGCCUAUCUCGUCACCUGGCCCACCUGCCUUGCCUGCCACCUGCUGCAGGCUGCCUUUGAGCACACGGCCCAGCUGGUCCAGACCCAGGAGGCUGAGCCCCAGGAGGCCUCAAGGCCCUUGUCCCAGUUCCCAGAGGCUGGGCCAGUCCUGCCAGAGCACGGAACCCCUGGGGAAUAA